UCACAUACAGCAGGGUCACAUGACGCGAUUAACUGUAGCGUGAGCUCAGCUUUUUGCUGCCCCGUAGCUGCGAAUAGUUCCGAUGCCAGCUAGAUUUAGUCAUUUUAUUAUUUUCCGAGCUUCAAAUUAGCUUUACACCAGAACUUACAUCUUCGUAAAAGUCUGGUUUUAGAGCUGUGUACCACGGAAUCGCGGUUUUGGGGGCAUCUCUUUCUCUCUGUGUGUGCUAGCUAGCUGAAGUUAGCGCGUUAGCUAACGUCAACAUGAAUGUAGACAACGUAAACCAGACUUCUGCUGCUACAGGAGUCCCUUCGACCACUUCAACUUCAACUAACUGUAUCGCCAACGAUAAUGCAGCAGCCAGCAUCAGCAGCAUCCCUUCGGUCACGAGUAACGCUUCAGCCUCAGCAGCCGUGGUAACGCCAUCAGCCGACACAUCUGUCUCCAACGGCGUCUACAUUCCUGGAGGCAUCACCAACGGAGAUGUGAAGCCUGCCAUCUCCACCACGCCUCUGGCUGACUUCCUCAUGCAGCUGGAAGAGUACACGCCUACAAUUCCUGAUGCAGUUACAGGCUACUACCUCAACCGGGCUGGCUUUGAGGCUUCUGAUCCAAGAAUAAUCCGUCUGAUCUCGCUUGCUUCUCAGAAGUUCAUCUCAGACAUCGCUAACGAUGCGCUGCAGUACUGCAAGAUGAAGGGCACCGCCUCAGGAAGCUCCAGAAGUAAGACAAAGGAUAAGAAGUACACUCUGACUAUGGAGGACCUGACUCCUGCCCUCUCAGAAUACGGCGUGAAUGUCAAGAAGCCUUAUUAUUUUACAUAGAAAUCCUUCACAGCGUUUUGCUUUCGGUAGUAAUUCUCCCCGCGCUGACCCCGUAGAGUCCGCAGACACCUUCACCGCUAAAUGUUUUCUGACCAUGAUUUAGUACAGCUUUGACAAAUCUUUGUAGUCACUUUGCAAUUUGUCGUUUUUUUGUGGAGCCGUCUUUGCAUUUUGUUAAAUUGUGACUUUUUGUUUUAUUGUUAAAUAAAACCUUUAACAAAAA